AAAAAUUUUCCGGAGAUCGAUACUACCCCAAAUCUGCACCUCCUCUCAUCUUCAUCUUCAUCUUCGUCUUAGUCUUCCUUAUUUAUAACCUUAAAUCUAUCUACAGUUUUUUGUGUCUCUCUCUCUAUAUACGUCUCCAAGUGUGGUUCACAGCUUAAAAAAGUUUCAUCAUUUCAAUCACCCUUGUUGAGAAAUUUCUUAAGGAGAUCUGAAAGGCUUGUUUUUCUUGGGAUCGAUUCCAUCAUCAUCAUCAUAGUCCGAUCAUCGUUAUCUUCUAAACGUUUCGGGUUUAGGUAAACGGGUUUAUUAAAAGAAAACGAUUUUCUUACUCUUUUGUAUGGAGUAAGAAUGCCAGAGUUAAGAAAUGGAUCACGUAGAUUGAGACAACCUAGACCUCAGGUGAUUGAUCAAGCAGAAAAUAUUGACCUUCCUCCUCAGACUCCAACGAGGAGAAGAGGUGGUGGUAGAGGAAGAGGAACAGCUGCAGCUUUAACCAAAGCCGCUGCACCUCCUAGACCGACCGGUGCUGCCGGUAGGGGUCGAGGCAUCAGGUUAAUAGAUUUAGAAGCAGAGCCUAUAGGUGAACCUGCUUUUAAUCAAGCCGAAAGGGUAGCUGCCAUGGAAGGUGGUAGUCCAGAUAAGAUAGUUGGUGUGGAAGAAGAUCCAAGCACAGCUCCAGUCCCUGAAAGGGUACAAGUUGGAAACUCUCCUGUUUAUAAGACUGAGAGGAAACUCGGUAAAGGAGGGUUUGGUCAAGUUUUUGUUGGUAGAAGGGUGAGUGGUGGCAGCGAUAGGAUUGGUCCAGAUGCAGUUGAGGUGGCUAUAAAAUUUGAACAUCAAAAUAGCAAAGGAUGCAGUCUUGGUCCACCUUACGAGUGGAAAGUGUACACUGAACUCAACGGUUGCUAUGGAGUUCCUGCGGUACAUCAUAAGGGCUGCCAAGGAGAUUUUUACAUCCUUGUCAUGGACAUGCUUGGUCCGAGUCUCUGGGAUGUUUGGAAUUCUUCAGGGCAAUCGAUGUCACCAAACAUGGUAGCAUGCAUUGCAGUUGAGUCCAUAUCUAUUCUUGAGAAACUUCAUAUGAAAGGGUUUGUCCAUGGAGAUGUGAAGCCUGAAAACUUUUUACUCGGUCAACCAGGAACAGCAGAUGAGAAAAAACUCUACCUUAUCGAUCUUGGUCUAGCAUCAAAAUGGAAACACUCAGACCAUCAUGUUGAAUAUGAUCAAAGACCUGAUGUGUUCAGAGGGACUGUAAGGUAUGCAAGUGUUCAUGCACAUCUAGGUCGUACUGGAAGUCGAAGAGAUGAUCUAGAGUCAUUGGCUUAUACUCUAAUUUUCUUAUUGAAGGGAAGAUUGCCAUGGCAAGGUUACCAGGGUGAUAACAAGAGCUUUCUUGUUUGCAAGAAAAAGAUGUCAACUUCUCCUGAGUUGAUGUGCUGCUUCUGUCCACCACCGUUUAAGCUAUUCCUUGAGGCAGUUACUAAUUUGAAGUUUGACGAGGAGCCCAACUAUGCAAAGCUUAUUUCGCUUUUCGAUGGUCUAAUUGAGCCAUGCGCUUUAUCUAGACCUCUUAGAAUCGAUGGGGCUCUUAAGGUUGGACAAAAGCGAGGAAGACUGCUUCUUAAUUUGGAAGAGGAUGAACAACCGAAGAAGAAAAUCAGAAUAGGCACUCCAGCCACUCAAUGGAUUUCAUGUUAUAAUGCUCGUCGUCCCAUGAAACAGAGAUAUCACUACAAUGUUGCAGAGACAAGACUGCAUCAGCAUGUACAGAAGGGUAAUGAAGAUGGUCUUUUGAUUAGCUGUGUAGCAUCAGCAGCGAAUCUCUGGGCUCUUAUUAUGGAUGCUGGAACUGGAUUUACCUCUCAAGUUUAUGAAUUGUCAAAGGUCUUCCUUCACAAGGAGUGGAUUAUGGAACAAUGGGAAAAGAACUAUUAUAUAAGUUCCAUAGCUGGUGCAGAUAACGGGAGCUCCUUGGUUGUUAUGUCAAAAGGAACUUCUUAUACUCAACAGUCAUACAAAGUCAGCGACACAUUUCCAUUCAAGUGGAUAAAUAAGAAAUGGAAAGAAGAUUUUCAUGUAACAUCCAUGACAACUGCUGGUAAUCGUUGGGGUGUGGUAAUGUCGAGGAACGCUGGCUUCUCUGAUCAGGUGGUGGAGCUUGACUUUUUGUACCCAAGCGAUGGAAUACAUAGGAGGUGGGAGAGUGGUUAUAGAAUAACAUCAAUGGCAGCAACUGCAGAUCAAGCAGCUUUCAUAUUAAGCAUGCCAAAACGUAAAAUGAUGGAUGAAACUCAAGAGACUCUUCGCACCACCGCCUUUCCUAGUACUCAUGUCAAGGAAAAAUGGGCGAAAAAUCUGUACAUUGCAUCAGUAUGCUAUGGGAGGACAGUGUGCUGA